UCUUUCUUAAAUACCCAUUUCUGAUUUCCCUCCCAAUUCUCCCUCCCCCUUCAUCAUCUCUCUCACUUCCUCCUGAAUCUUUCUUUCUGAUCUACAAUGGUUAAACAAACAAAGCCAAAGAAGGUGGGGAAAGGUAAUGUAACACCGAUACAAGUAGCAUUCAUAGUAGAUCAAUAUCUCAUCGAAAACAAUUUCAGCGAAACCCGUUCAGUUUUCAGAACCGAAGCUUCUGCUUUCCUUGCCAAAACCCAAUCUCGAGAGGCGCCGAAGAGUUUAUUGAGUUUAGAGGCGAUUCUAGAUGAGUAUAUUUGUUUGAAAGAACAAAAAGUAAUGGUAGAUCACGAGAAAUGUAUGGUUGAACAAGAGAAAUUCAGGGUUGAGGUUUUAUUACAAGGGAUGAAAGAUGUUAUGCAAGCUUAUAACAACAACAAUGGAAGUAUUUCUACUCCACCUUUGAUGUCUGCUACAGAUUCAACGGGUUUAAUUUCUCAAUCAAACCCUAAUACUCAACCAACCACAGGUAACUCCAUCUACAAAACCCCUACAAUGAACUGUAAUCCAUUGCUAACCAAUUCUGCAAACGAAAUUACUGCUAUCCCAACUCCAACAAUUAGCAGCAUUACGUCUGGAAACAAAAGAAGAUGCUCUAGAAAGGCGCCUGAUGACCAUCCAAUUGCUAAGAGACCUUGCAAUUCAGCUCCCAAAAAGCUUACACCAGUGAGAGGUCCUAGGAAACAAAUGCAAGCACGCAAGUCGUCUAGUCCACCAGAAAAAAAUCAGGCGUGUAGUCCUCAAGAACAAACUCAGCAGCAACAAGUUUCUGCUGUUCAAUCUACAACGACUGUUUACCGUUUCCCUAAUGGACCGACUCAAAUUCAAGGGUCUUCUGUUGCAAAGAGCUUGUUCAACCAGCCUUCAACUUCUCCCACAAAGGAUUCAACAGGUCCAACGACACCUCCACAAGCAUUCGUCACCCAAACUGAUAAAUCCAUUUCUCCAUCUGAGGAGGGUGCCUCCCUUAUUAAGUCCACCACUAGUAGUCCUCAAGAAAUUACCCCAAGAAAGUGUCCUUUAAAUUCCUCAGAAAAAGUUCACGCGAGCCCUUUCAAACAUGUAUCUUAUUAUUCAGUGGAGAGAAAAAGCCAUUACAUUUCUUCGUCGCCCAGUAAAACACCUCUAAAAAGGCUAAGCAAGAGAGAACAUGUAAAAGGGAGAUUAGAUUUUGAUUCUGCUAAUGUUACAACAAGCUUAGAACCCAGUACAGCCGAGGUGUCUACAUCUGGGACUGAUGGAGAAGGGGAUAUGUUCGAUAUGGAUGUCCCUAAUUUUGACAUUUUUGGUGCAGAUUUCUCCCUCUCUGAACUUCUAGUCGACAUUGAUUAUAACUGUGAGGGAACGGGACUUUCUACUGACUUCUCUUCAGGAACAAUACAUGAAUAUGGGAAUUCAAGCUUGGAUGAAAACCAAUCCAUAUCCGAAUUACCGUUAAGUGUGAGAGAUUUUCUUUGUCAGCAGAACAUGAACAUCCAAGGUUCAGAAUCUAUCGCAACGUCAGUGCAAUCCAUAACAAAACGCAUAACAACAAUUUUAAGUCCUGCUAAAACAAAAAAUAGUCCCUCAAUGGAUCAGGAGAAUCUGUCUUGAAGAAAUUGACUUGAAUUAUAACAUAGUAGUUGACAUGGUAUCAUUUUUGGAUCCACAAAUAUCAAGAGCUGGUACUUUCUGAUUAGUGUACUAACCUUCUUGUUGGUGUAACAACAAAUCUCAACGCUGGGCAUAUAAUACUUUGAUCUAUUUGCUCCAAAAGGCGAUAUGGGCAGUUGUAAGAAUGCUAUUUCACUCCCAUU